UCGCUUGCCAAGCAAGUUGGAUGGAUGUCGAAUGUGGUGUUUUUCGAUAAUCGUGAAAUAAAUUCGGUUUUGGUUUUGCUAUAGAAAAACAUGAAUUCAUUUUGAAAGUGUUUUGAUCAAUUAAGAGUUUGAUUUAAUUAAGCUCGGCUUGUUUCGUGUUGAACCAAUAAUUUUCAACUAAACAGCUGUGUGCCAAGGCCUCAGUUUUAUUUAAUUUGUUGCUUUACCGGUGUAAAGGCGUAAAAAUGAAUGAUAUGAAUGGUUGUAUUCAUUUGAAUAAUUUUAAGGCUGCUAAAGGAGUUAAUCCUUAUAAAGUGGUACAUGCAUUCUUUGUGGCCUGUACUUCGCAGGAGGCGAGGAUGUACAAGGCCACAGCAUGUCUCUGCUUCGUGUGCAGCCAGCCCGGCCCGCGGCUGCACUCGUGUCUGCACUGCAUCUACUUCGGCUGCUACGAGGGCCACAUGCAGGAACACUCCAAGACCAAGAAGCAUUUCCUGUACAUAGAUCUCAACCACGGGAAUGUGUUCUGCGCCCAGUGCCAAGAUUAUAUUUACGAUCAGGAGCUGGCUGAUAUUGCUACAAGGAAUAGACUGAAGGGGGCUAAGUCUCUCGGCCUAAGUGCCCCCUUCAUGUCGUGGGUGCCCAACGCCAACGAGGCGGCCGCGCUGCGGCGUCUCCGCAAGCGCCGCAUGAUCAGCCCCAACACCACCAUCGGGCUGCGCGGGCUGCAGAACCUGGGGUCGACGUGUUUCAUGAACUGUAUUGUUCAGACGUUGAUCCACACGCCCCUACUCCGUGACUACUUCCUGGGCGAGCGGCACAAGUGCAAGCCGUCCGGGGCAGGGAAGUGCCUCGUGUGCGAGGUGUCCAAGCUGUUCCAGGAGUUCUACUCCGGCGCCAAGACACCUUUAACCCUACACCGGCUCCUGCACCUGAUCUGGACGCACGCGCGCCACCUGGCGGGCUACGAGCAGCAGGACGCGCACGAGUUCUUCAUCGCCACGCUGGACGUGCUGCACCGCCACUGCAUGAACGGGCUCGAAGACGUCGAGAAAAAGGAAAACGGUCGCUGCAACUGCAUAAUCGACCAGAUCUUCACCGGCGGGCUGCAGAGCGACGUGGUCUGCACGUGCUGCUCCGGCGUGUCCACCACCAUCGACCCCUUCUGGGACAUCAGCCUGGACGUGGCCGGCCCGGGCUCGCUGCAGGCCUGCCUGGAGCGCUUCACCCGCGCCGAGCACCUCGGCUCCGGCGCCAAGAUCAAGUGCUCCAACUGCCGCGCGUACCGCGAGUCCACCAAGCAGCUCACGCUCGAGACGCUGCCCAUCGUCGCCAGCUUCCAUCUGAAGCGGUUUGAGCACUCAGAGCAGAUCGACAGAAAGAUCUCAACCUUCGUAUCCUUCCCCGCGGAACUCGACAUGACUCCGUUCAUGUCGUCCCACCGCCGCGCCGUCGACACAGCGGACAACAACAACGGGCCAGAGGGCGUAUUCGAAGACAACCGCUACUCGCUCUUCGCCGUAGUGAACCAUCUGGGGUCUCUCGAUGCGGGCCACUACACGGCGUAUGUGCGACAGAUGAAGGGCAGCUGGUUCAAGUGUGACGAUCACAUGAUCACCAGGGCCGACUUGGCUGAGGUGCUGGAUAGUGAGGGAUAUCUUCUUUUCUACCACAAGACCGUGCUGGAAUAUGAAUGCGACGUCUAAGAUGUUUCACUCCAGGCAUCGUUUCAUAUAAAAUCUACUCGUAUUGUCUGUGUAUUCGAUGUUUACUUAUAAAAUCUAUCUUAUACUGUAUACGGUAUUAAUAUCGAAUCGUUAGUCAAAAGCUGAGCAGCGCUUAAAACCCAAAUGAAAUGUGUUAAAAGGACGAUGACGACGCAAACAUUUUACAAGUCAACAUCUGUAAAAAAUUAUUUCAACUUUAUUUCAAGAGGCAUAAAGCUCUGCUCCUAACAACCUACCGUUCUUGUGAACGGAAAGAGUCAUCAUAUUAGUAGAAAGAAGAAGAAAAACAAUGAUGUUCAUUAUAUACCUACCCCAAAUUAUUGACGAAUUUGUUAGUUGCUAAGCUUUAACGUACCUAAAUGUUAUAUGUUUUUCUCUGUAGUGUUUAAACUUAAGUGAGUUGAGGAAAAGCUGCGUUUUCACUGAGUAUUCUAUUUUAAGGGACAAAGUGUGAGUUUUCUUACCAUUCGAUCGCAGUUAAAUUAUGUUAAAUUGUAUGACGCAGUAGUGUCGCCAUCUAGUGGUACGUUGCAUUACCUCAUCGUCAAAAAAGAGAAAACUGUAUUCGAAAUAUUGCAUUAUAUAAUGAUAAAGUUUUAAAUAACUUAUAAUAUCCAACAUUCAGGAUUUCAGGAUGAAGUGAACGAAAACGCAGCUUUAGUUGGAAGUCAAUGGAUGGACUGAUUGUCAGUAGGUAUACCUAAUCAUAUUGGAAUGAAAUUCUCGGUUAAGUAGAUUAAGAAUGGUAUUUUCAGAAGACUUCUCAUAGGUAGGUCACAAGUAAUUUUUAUUUUCUCUAACAAUGUAAUAAUGAAGAUACUAAAAUUAGUGUUUGUCGAUUUAUGUUCAAAGGUUUACGAUCAAACUGCUAUCUACCUCGUACUUUGUAAAUCCUAAUUUGCAUUUUCUAGAACUCUGUAAUUUUAUGAUCGAAUGUGCAUAUUUUGUUUGGAAGUAAUACUAACUAUAGUUUGUAGACUAUAGCUUGAGUCUUAUGACAGCUGUCAAAUCGAUACUUUUACCUGUCAUUUGUUUCUUUUUCAAGGGAUAACGACCUUAUUUACCAGGCAUAAGAAUGUAACUAUCUGCUGAUCAAACGUCAUGCGAAUCAUGCUAUAUUUUACAAAGUACAUGUAUUAAAUCUAUUAAUGCUGCAUGAGGUCGUGUCUUAGUUAGAAUCAAACCUAUGACUGAACUGAAAUUAGUUUAUAUUGAUGUGAUAUUUAAUAUUUAUGACUUGUAUUAGUAUAGUUAGUGCUAUGGAUUUUUAAUUUCCUCUCUUGAGUUGGCACGUUACUUCGCUUUUUAAAGUUAGAUCCAAACGUGUUUAACAAUAUUUUUAGUCAUGUAUAAAUUAAUUCGAAAUUUCAUCAAAAUGAUAUCCCCUAAUUAUAUUUAUUAGAUCUAUAUUUACUAUAUCCUGGAAAUAGAUUUGAAAAGCUAAGAUGAUCUAAACUGUAAUUUCUACAAUUUUGGAGCCAGUUUAUGUAUAUACCUGCUGCUUUCAUAAUUAGACAUUUCUUAUUAGCUAAUUGUGUUACAAAGUUUUGGCAUUAAUAAUUUUACAGAAAUGGACAAAGUAGGUACUUGUCUAUUUAUUUGCAUUUAAUAAGUGUAGUGUUUAUUUCUGACACUGUUGUUAUUUUAGUCCGGAUUGAUGUGAUAUAUUACUGGAAUCAAUAUUAUAAAUCAAAUGUGUAAAUUUGAAGUUAUUUUAAAGUAUAAUAUGUGUUAGUAUUAGGAUCGAUUAGUUCACAAAAUGUGUUUAAAAAGUAUAAAAAUAUUGUAAAAAAUGUAUUAAAAAAUAUUGGUCUAAAAUUUGAUGAAAAUUAAUAAAUAUUAUUGGAUGUACCCAUUUUACCUCAAAAUCACUAAUGUCCCUUUGUGGUAGUUUCCCUCAAUCAUAACCUGAUUCCUAAUUAAUGUGUCGCCACUUUAUGGCUUAGAUAUUGAAUUUAUGAAAUUAUUUAAAUUGAAUAAAUAUCUUAAAAUCGU